UGUUUGCACUCUAUCUGGUAUCUGUUUGAAUACAUUUAGGCCCUGAACUUGGGAUUGAAAAUUGCGUUUUGUUAUUUUGUAUACUCAUCAUUUCUUUGUCAACUUGAUUGUUAUUUUUAAAUAGUAUAAUUAAUCAAAAUGAGUCUCCAAUGGACUUUGGUUGCUACCUUUCUGUAUAUAGAGAUUGCUAUUGUCAUUAUUCUAUUAUUGCCCAUCAUUUCACCGAGAAAAUGGCAAAGUUUUUUCAAAUCACGCUUUUUACAGUCUAUUGAACGUCAAAGUAACCUUUAUUUCACUGGAUUUCUGUUAAUUUUGGUCCUUCUGUUUUUGGACUCCAUUCGGGAAAUGAGGAGAUAUUCAGUUGGACGAGAACAUGACGAGCAUGCCGGUCAUCUCAAUACCGAAUUGGCUCAUUCAAUGAAAUUGUUUAGAGCCCAGCGAAAUUUUUACAUUGCUGGAUUCGCUUUGUUUCUCUGUUUGGUGAUUCGACGAAUCGCUUCUCUUUUAUCGCAGACAGCACAACUUAAAAAUCAACUGGAAGCUGUUACUGCCCAAGCAAAGGGAGCUUCAAAAGCAGCAGAGGCCUUAUUGAAAGCUUCAGAUGAUGGCAACAAGAAGAGUAAAACUAAAGCCGGUGGUGACAAGGCAGAAAACAAAGAUGAGCCAACAUCACCUUCAGCUGGUGAAUUGAAGCGUCUUAGAUCUGAAUUGGCUGGAAUCAAAGAAGAAUUGAUCAAAUCUAAGAAUGAAUUAGCCAAAGCUGAGGCUGUUAAGAAGCAGGCCGAAGGUAUUAGUCGUGAAUAUGACCGAUUGGCUGAAGAACAUGAAAAAUUAAUAAAGAAAAUGGGUAUGGCUGGAGACAAAAAAGGUGAUUAGAAUUACCAAUUCUCUUGUAAAAUCAAUGAUUAUCAAAUAAACCUGUCUUUUUUAAGAAAAAAAGGCUAUUUAAUCAA